ACAGCAAGUUUUUUGACAAACGCAUUCUAAUUAAAUAAUUAAGGAAGUUGCUGGCAUUUGUAAUUUGGCUUUUGCAUCCUGUGAACAGGCUUACAGAUACUUUCUAAUGUCUAACCAAUCGGCUUCAGAUUCGUUUUGUUUCACGGCAGCUGAAUACCGGUUUAAAGAGAAGGAUGGUCGUACCUAUUAUUUUAAAAAGAAGGAAAAACGAGCAGUGGACGACUGGAUUAUGGCAUUUGUGUUAACGCCCAUUGCAGAAGUGGAAGGAAAAACAACAGAAUCUGGAACGCUGUUUGAACUGCAGGACGACAGCUGCACGAGCAAGUCGUGCAACAAUUUUAAAGAUUUCUCCUCGGAUCUGCAUAUCAAAGGCGGCUCGUCCGCGUUUUCCAACAUGAGCAACAAGGUUCUCGCCAAGUUAGGGGAGUGGUAUCACCAACGGUAUAUUGAGAAAUGCGAAGACAAAGAAAUUCCGCUAAAGCGGCAAGCGGUUUCGCACCUGGGACUGCAAGAAGACGGUGUUACUUUCGUUUUUGGUCCGGACAUAAUUUUCGUCCCUUUUGAGGGUGGAAUGGUGUUAGCCGACACCGAUAAAUGUGCAUAUGUGUGGACACCUUUGUCAUCCGUUUUAAUUCCCCGCACUGUCGAGGUCUAUCAAGGAAAAAAGAAGGCCAGACUGUUUGCCAUUAUAAGACAACAUUUGCCAUUAGAUGUCUACUACACCUUCGUACUAAUGUGUGCACAUUCUUGGAUCAGCAUGUUUUACGGAGUCCUGAUCAGGCACUUCAAAGGUUUGCCAAGCUUGAUCGUAGUCGGACUCCCAGACACGUGGAAAACGCUCCUUCUGAAUCUGAGCGUGUCAAUUUUCGGGACAAAUAUGGAAGACAUUUGCAAUUUAGGAGAAAUAACUGAUUCCGCAGGCCUUGAUCGCUGGACAAAAUUGCACGUUCCUUUAAUAAUCCACGAUAAUCCAUUUCCUAAGCUAAUGCCACGUAUAUUUGGAUGCGUGUACGAAAGAAAACUAUAUCUAAACUAUCGCAACAAAAACAGCGGUGGUGUGCAUCCUACUUCGUCUUGUGCGCUUACCAUGAAUUCCGAUGGCCUGGAUGAUAUCGCUGCCGCAACUAAAGACAAAAUGCGGACAUUGAGUCGGGUAGCUAUUUUGACCAUGGAUAACGAGAUAACCGACAUCGAUAACACUGUUUUCACACUUCUGGAGCAAGCGCAGCAACGUGCAUCCAAAGAUGUUCGGAAACUGCUUCAUUUUGGCGAAGAAGGAUGCCGUGAACUGACUAAUGCGGUUAAUGACAAAUACGAAAUCAUCAAACCAAAACUAUUAUCAGCGGGGAUGGUUAGCUGCACUCACCGAAUUGCAACCUUAUACUCUAUACUGUCGUCUGUUGGGGAUAUGAUUGCCCGUAAAGUUGCUUGCGAGUACGACCAAGAAGAAGCUCUCCAGUGCCUGCUACGGCAUAUUUCAAAAGCCGCGCCAUAUCAAACUUUACCGCGCAAUGGUUUGACCGCGCGUACAACGCUAUCUUUACUUCCCGACCGAAGCAACUGCUUGGCCAAAGAAAGUUUUGCUCAACUGAUAGAAGCACUACGCAAGACAACUCAUGCCGAAAAGAUGAAUACGUUUUUUAAGAACGUUCUCUCGGUGAAGUUUGAAGAUAUUGCGGAAGACGUGCUUUGUUUGGCUGUUCGGAAGGACUUGUUCCUUGAUGCAACAAAAGAGGACCCGUUGCAACAAAAUCGCUGGUGCAUUGACCAGAUUGCUUGGGCAGACAAGCAGCACCAAGUGAAUCUGAAGGGUGUGCGGAGGCGUUGCUUAAUUUUGCCACGCGAGCACUUUACUUCAGAGCAACUUGCAAAGAUUGAUGGUAUCGUCGGUGCUUUGCAAGUUUCCUUAGACGAAGCGCCCGAGGUGAGCUUGGCCGGUAAUCCUGCUGCUGCAACAUGUAAAGCGAGGCCACAUUUGGAUGCUUCGCAAACGUCCAGCGGCAUGGGAAAGCGCAAAAGCAGCGCCAUGGAAGCUACUGAAUCUGGAACGCAAAAUGCUAACAUGGAUCAGUCACUUCCAGCUAACGACAGUGACUUCUCACCACUAUCUAGCAGCACUCCAAAGAAAAUGACUGUAAAAGAUAGAGGCCACACAGGAAACAAAAUUCGAUCAUUUUCCGCUUCCGUUGUUUCUGAAGAUGAUCACGAAGCUACAAAACGUGCCAUUCAUCAUCGUUUCGGAAAACUCAGCCAAGACGACACCAAUGUAAGCGAAUCCAACAAGAUCAUAAAAUGCGGGAAGUGUCAUGCGGCUCUUAUUCCGGACAACAAAGAUAAACCGUGGUUGCGCUGCACAGUCUGCCAACAUGCGUUCCAUCAUAUGUGCGCAUCGUAUGUGUCACCUCGUGUUACCCGAUCAGGAAAACCACCACCAAAACAGAAACCUUGGAAAUGUCCGUACUGUUCUAAGCGAUAA